GACAGUACAAUUGUCAAGUUUUAUCAUAAAUUUUUAAAAAUAUAUAUAUAUCUAUAUAUAUAUCUUUUUAAUUAAUCACUUACCUAUAUAAAGAUUUAAUGUGACAUUUUUGAAACUUGGUGUUAGUUGUUCGUUUGAAUAAUUGAUACAACAGGCAAUAGCUUUCUUUUAAUAAACAUAUCAAUAAAUAAAUGAAAAGAAUUGUUUAUUCAUAUCAUAUAAAUAAUGGAUGAACAUUUACAUCGUUAUGUAAAUAUGUUAAAUGAAAAUGAAAUCACUAUUCGGAAUAAUGCUGGAUGUGUACUUUCAAGACUCUGUGAAAAGAUUUUACAUUUUCCUGAUGAAGAAAAUUAUCGUAUAAUUCAUCUCAGUGAUUCAAACAUCACAGAAAAGUUACUUCCAGCAAGUGGUGCCAUGGAAUGUUUAUUCGAAAUAGGUUUUACAGAGGAUGGUGAUCGUCUUAGUCUUCCAAAGACUGCAUCUCUCACAAAACUGAAAACUUUAAAAAAGUUACUAUCUUCAAUUGUUUCAUCAAAAUCAAAUACUUCAAAUUUAAAUCAGAAACAUACAGUUGAAGAAUCAACAAAAUUAUCUGCAAGAUUAUCUGAGGAAGACAAAUUUUUUAAUACAAUUACCCAACAGUUUAAUAAUGUUAUGCGAUAUGAAGAUUGUGAUUUACAAGAGAAAGCAAGAAAAGUAAUACCAAUCGUACAAUUGGAAAUCAAGACGAUGGAAAGAUUAAGGAAAUUUCAAAAAGACAUAAAACUUGCUACACUUGAUAAAGAAAUGAAGUCAGAUUCAGCUUUAAAAGAAGAUUUAGUAAAUUCAAUAGAUUUAUUUUUAAUGGAACUUCUGCAUUGGUUCAAAUAUGAUUUUUUUCAAUGGGUUGAUAGUCCAUUAUGUACAAUUUGUUAUACAGAAUGUUCAUUUGAAUAUGUAAUACCUUCUUCAGAUCCAAAAUGUUCCCGUAUAGAAGCUCAUAGAUGUAAUAUUUGUAAAACAAUAGUGGAAUUUCCACGAUAUAGCGAUCCAGAAAUAUUGUUAACUACUAGAUCUGGACGUUGCGGAGAGUGGGCAAAUGUAUUCACACUUUUAUGUCGUGCACUAAAUUAUGAUGCAAGACUUGUGUAUGAUGUUACAGAUCAUCUCUGGACAGAAAUAUGGUCUGUUACUGAAAAUAGAUGGAUACAUAUAGAUCCAUGUGAAAAUGUAAUAGAUCAGCCAUUAAUGUAUGAACGUGGUUGGAAUAAAAAAUUAAGUUACAUAAUAGCUUAUUCACGAGACGAAGUUCAAGACGUUACUUGGCGUUAUACGCGAAAACAAAAUAAUGUAAUGAUAAAGAGAAAAAAGUGUUCAGAAGAAAAUUUAUUAAAUUUCAUUCAAUCGUUAAAUGAAAAACGUCAAAACUCUGUAGGCUAUAGUAUGGCACGUAAACAAUACGUUAUUAAAAGACGCCUUCGAGAGCUUGUAGGAAUGCUCAAUUUUCCAAACAUUCCAAAUAAAUAUGAUAAUAAUAUUUAUAGUGAAAGAACAACAGGUUCUUAUGCAUGGAGAAUGGCUCGAGGAGAAGCAAGCCAGCACAGUGUAGAUAAAAGUUAUACGUGGGAUAUUUCCAAACAUGGCAAAUCAUUUAUUCUUCAAUAUUUUAUUGUUAAAAAUAUGUACAAAGUCAUACAUUCUGAUGGUCAUAUUCUAGAACAGAAAUAUGAUUGGCGAGAGGGAUUAAGUUCUGUUGAAGGUGGAAUUUUUCAUAAAGUAGAAAAUGAUUGGAAAAUGGCAUAUUUAACUCGUUCAGCAGAUGCUGAAUAUGGAUACCUAAAAUGGUCAUUUGAAGUUCGUAAUCCAAACUUAUAUGUAAAUACAUUCAAUUUACAAGCCAAAACAACAGUUUUUUAUAAUGCAAAAAUUGUUUGGGAAGUGGAAGGUAUUUUUCCUUCUAUAAAGAAUGAAAAUACUUCUAUAAUUAUUCCUAUUUCUACGUCCAAUGAUUUUACUACGGAAAAGUUAAAAGGAGCAAAACAGUUAAAUAUUACGGUCAAACUUUCUGGUGGAAAGGGUGAUAUAGCUUGGCAACAUGCUCAAUUAUUUAGAGAAAGUUUGAAUAAUACUGAAGAACCAUCUAUGAUCAUUAAUAUUAAACUUAGUGAACACAUUAAUUAGUGUUUAUUUAAAGUUAAUAUAAGUAUUAAUUUUUUUUUAUAUAACAUAAAUAUUUAUGAUUUUAUAAAGAGAUUUUGGACGAGAGUGGAAUAGGGGAAGAAUGGAUGAAGAGGGUUGAGAGUAUAAGAGAGAGGAAGGAGGGACAAGGUUGGGAGUGAGGGAAGUAGAAGCGGGGGUGUGGGACGAGUGGAGGGGGAAAGGAGGAAAGAAGAAGUGAGGGAGAGAGUAGUGUUAAGAUAGGUUAAGGAUAUAAUUGUAAAAGGAGGGUAACCCUUCGGGGAAGCAGUAAAAUGUAUCUAUCUAUCUAUCUAUCUAUCUAUCUAUCUAUCUAUUUAUCUAUUUAUGAUUUUAUACAUGUAAUAGGUGAGAGUUCCUAUGCAUUAUAUUGUGCAAUAGAGAAUUUGAUUCUUUUUAUAGAAAUAAUUACAUUUUUUUAAGUUUAAAAAUAAAUUCAUUAUACGCAAAUAAAAUUAGGUAGAAAUUUAUCUUGGCUUAUAAAUGAAUAAAAAUUGAUUUUCUUUUUUUUUAACUAUUCCAUGUAAAAACAAAAAAUAAUGUAAAUAAU